AGGAAAGAGAGAAAUAUGCAAGCCUUGGUAAACGCGUUCCUCCGUUGCCUGUCUUUUCUCCUGCCUCCCCCAUGGUUUCAUAUUGGUAUCUGGUGGUGGGUUGGGGAUGAACACAGAAAGAUGACAUGGCCCAAUCCCAGGGCCCGUUUCAAAAGGAUAAAGCCUCUUGCAGAUCAGGAAGUAACAACAGAAGCAGUUUCCAGUCCUUCCUGCUCCUCUCCUGCUGCUGGUAGGCGCGUCUCUCCUGUACCUCCCUUGCCCGCUGCUUCCUCGUUGCCCCCGGAAUCUCCUCUGGGGAGAAUCUGGGAGCUUUGGCAGGCUUGGGGCUGCAACUUCGGGGUUUCAUCUGUUAGGCGCUUGUUGCAAAAUCAGUCUGAUUUGCCCAGCGCCUCUCCAGCAUUGGUUUGUGCUGCUAGCGCCCGUGCUGAGGAAGGCAGUUCUUUACCUGAAACUGAACUGCCAGGCGAAGAGAAAGCGACAGAAAGAACCACAGGAGAAGCUGGAGCAACAAACUCAGACAAUAUGAGCGCGGUGACUGAGACCCCAAGCCCGGCUGCUUCAAUCUCUGAGUCUGCGGGGCUCGGGUUAGCAGAGGCAGCAAUUGAAUGCCAGCUUCAGGAGAUGAGGAGCCAGGUAACAAUCCGGGUAGCUAUCCAAGAGGCCGAGGACGAUGAUCGCGAUGAAGAUUUCAUGUCAAACCACCUGGACCUUCGAGGGGGUAGCUGUAGUGAAGAUGACUUGGGAAGACACGACAAAUCUAGUGGUGCAGGGACAAGUGGAGGGGAGCUCGAAGAGGACAGGUGGCAGACCCCUGACCCCGAUCUCACCCAGAAGCUCAUUGCCCAGAUCGAGUACUACCUGUCUGAUGAGAACCUGGAGCGUGACGCUUUCCUGCUCAAACACGUCCGCCGCAACAAGCUGGGCUUCGUCAGCGUCAAGCUGCUCACCUCCUUCAAGAAGGUGAAGCACCUGACAAGAGACUGGCGGACGACAGCCUAUGCCUUGCGCCACUCUCAGCUUCUGGAGCUGAACGAGGAGGGGCGGAAAGUACGGCGCAAGGCAGUGGUGCCUGUGUUCGCCAGCGAGAAUCUGCCGAGCCGCAUGCUGCUGGUGAGCGAGCUGCACCUGUGGUCUGAGCUGGCUGGGACUGCCGGGGGACAGGACAGUGCUGGGGGGGGCGUGCAGCAGGAGAAGCUGAUGGAGCACCUGCUCAAAGUGUUUGGUGCAUAUGGGGUCAUUGCCUCUGUCCGUGUCCUCAAACCCGGCAAGGAGCUUCCAGCAGACCUCAAGAAGCUCAGUAGCCGCUACACCCAACUGGGCACCAGUGAGUGCGCAAUUGUGGAAUUUGAGGAGGUGGAGGCUGCGAUUAAUGCUCACGAGGUUCUGGGAGACAGCGAUGUGGCGGUUGGAACAGGUGAAGAGGAGCAGCAGCAGCAGCAGCAGCAGGAGGAGGCUGCAUCUGUUGGGGCCACUGCAGGGGCUAAGGUGAUCCUGAUCGGCACCAAACCCCCGAAGAAAAAGGUCCCAAAAGACAAGCAGCAUUACGAUGGCUCUAGAAAGAAUCGCUCUCUCAACAGCAGGGUCCGAGAGUUGCAAUAUAUCGGAGACGACGCUUGCAGCUCCUCUGAGACUGAGAGCAACCCCACCUCGCCCAGACUGACCCGCAAGGCCCGGCCAAACAAGCUGAGUCCUCCCGGAGGGGGCUACCACCAGAACAACCACCUGAGCCCCAGCGUCUCCCCUCGCUCCAGCCCCUGGAACAGCCCCCGAACCAGCCCCUCUGUGCAGCGUAAGUCCCCACACAGCCACAAGUCUCCCCUGGCCAGUGUGGGCAGACUGAGCCCUGAGCCAGGUCAACGCAAGUGGGCUGACUACUCCUCGGACAGCAGCCUGACCCCCUCUGGGAGCCCCUGGGUGCAGCGCCGCAGGCAGGUGACAUCUCAGGAGAGCAGCCCAGUUGGUAGCCCCAUGCUAGGCCGCAAGAUACAGAACGCAGACGGGCUGCCACCUGGGGUGGUCAGACUGCCAAGAGGGCCAGAUGGAACCAGGGGCUUCCACAAUAACUCCCCGGGGGACAGGGGCAAAUGCACCCUGUUUGAAUAACAGGGAAACAAUUCCUUCCCCAUCCCUCGUUUUUGUUGAGAGCUGUAGGAAAAACAGUUUCACAGCCUGGCAACUUGGAAAAGGAAGGAAACGGACAGACUGGAUUUAAAGAACAAGACUGACUUGUUUUAUAGUGGCUAUUUUAUUUUUGUAUUCUGUUUAAGACUUUCUAUUUUUGUGUUUCUCAAAAGCCAUAGUCUUAAAUUGAUGGAUCUCUUAAUUUGUAUAUUUGUAACAACAGUUUGUAGGCUGCGUUGCUUUUCUUUUAUGUAUGUGUUCGGUUUGUGUGUUGUGUACGUUUUUGUUACUUCAGAGCAGAAGUAGUAUAUUGGUGAAAAUGAUAGUGGAAGUGAUGAGGUAUGGUAGCUUUUCUAAAAGUGGCAUCCAUGAAUGGAUCAAGGGGGAAAUAUACAUAUAAUCUGAUUGGUAAAAUGGUAUUUAAAUUAAGUAGAUUGUUUAGUGACAGCUGCCCUAAUACAUCUUAUUGAAAAGUAAGGGGACUGAACUUUAAACCUGAAUUUGUCUCUCAACCUGAAUGCAUCAGUCAUUGAGGCACAAGUGGAUUUAGUACAAGGUUAAUGCCAGUCAAUCUUAUAAAGAUGACUGAAAUAAAGAUGUACUGGAGUUGCACAAAUUCUAUAGUCUUAAAACAAUAGUUCUAUAUCCUGUAUUGAUAACUAGCCAAUUUUUUAUAUCGUGCAUAACUGCACAGGAAUCUGCUAGUCGUCAGCCUUUUAAAGUUAUUUGUUUUUGUAUAUCUAUUUUAGGGGACAAAGAUGCACUUUUUUCCAAUUGGUGCAGUAAGCUAUUGACCAUUUUGUAUCCUUAGCAACAAUUUAUGGCUUUUAGGUUUCCUUAGGAACAUAAAACAUCAAAUCGGCUGUGAUGUCUGUUUGCUUUUCCAGAGUAUGAAUCUCAGGUGCUGCUGCCCUACUGCACCGCAUUCACAGUGUGGUCUGGUUCAGCCGUGGCUAACAGGAACAGAAAUAACUAUUGGGAGUGUCACUUUUAGUAAAUGUAGCAUAUCUCCGUUCUGUUUUAUUUUUACAUGUUAAAGAGACUGUGUAUAUAAAUGUAAAUUUAAUAUAUUGAACUUGUUAGAUAUUCCUUCCUGCCAGGUAUAUGGAAUGUGUUUAGGAGGACACUGUUGUCCUUGUGUGGCAAUCUGCUGGUUGGAAGCACAGGGCCCUGGGUUUCCUAUUUUUCUCUCACCCCUGAUCGAGGGGAGGGGUCACUGCCUGUCCUAUGAGAAAGGGAAUGGACUUGGAGUGGACACUGACACACCUGAAAUGAAGCAAUGCUUCCUGUUGAACUAAUCAAAGCUGUUCUGUACAAAAUAGGAUUUAAGGUGUGUAAUGUACUUCCUCUUGUACAAAUAAAGCACUGAAAUGGC